UCUUCAGCGUCAUUGUGGAGAGGAGGGAAGCGGUAAAAGUAACAACCAAGUCUGCAUCGUAUGCCUGCCUUUUCCCAUUGCCAAUGAAUUGUCCUCGCAUUCCUAUGUCUUCCAGUUGACAUACUGCACGCACGGCACACCAGUUCUGCAAAGAAACAGGAUAUUCGCAGGCUGUGUGAUUUUCAGCACCUGAUCAUUGCUGACUCUGUUCACCCUUCUGGAUCAUGGCACAGACCAACAGCGUGGGGCAGGGGAGCAAUGGAGUAGCCGAUGAAUCGCCGAACAUGAUUGUAUACAGAAAGAUGGAGGACGUAAUAGCACGCAUGCAGGAUGAGAAGAAUGGAAUUCCUAUCCGCACUGUGAAAAGUUUUUUGUCCAAGAUUCCAAGUGUUUUUUCAGGUUCUGACAUUGUACAGUGGAUGAUCAAAAACCUGAACAUUGAUGAUCAAGUGGAGGCCCUUCACAUAGGGACCCUGAUGGCUGCCCAUGGCUACUUCUUCCCUAUCUCAGACCACGUACUCACACUCAAAGACGACGGCACUUUUUACAGGUUUCAGACCCCCUACUUCUGGCCAUCAAACUGCUGGGAGCCAGAAAAUACAGACUAUGCUGUUUACCUGUGCAAAAGAACAAUGCAAAACAAAGCUCGUCUGGAGCUAGCAGAUUAUGAGGCGGAGAGCUUAGCGAGGCUACAGAGAGCAUUUGCCAGAAAAUGGGAGUUCAUAUUUAUGCAAGCAGAAGCACAAGCAAAAGUUGACAAGAAAAGGGAUAAGAUUGAGAGGAAAAUUCUCGAUAGUCAAGAAAGAGCAUUUUGGGAUGUGCACAGACCUGUGCCCGGAUGUGUAAACACAACAGAAGUUGACAUAAAGAAGUCCUCCAGAAUGAAAAACCCCCACAAGACAAGAAAGUCUGUAUAUGGGCCUCAGAAUGAUGUGCGCACCCACAGCCCCACCCACACCCCUGCCCCAGAGGCCAAGCCGGCCACAGAGGAGGAGCUACAGGACCAGAUCACUUAUUGGGGAGGGCAAUUAGACAGACAUCGGCUGAAAAUGUCCAAAGUGGCCGAGAGUUUGUUGGCCUAUACAGAGCAAUAUGUGGAAUAUGACCCCUUCAUCACGCCAACUGACCCCUCCAACCCCUGGAUCUCAGACGAUACCACUGUUUGGGAGCUGGAGGCCAGUAAGGAGCCAGGUCAGCAGAGGGUGAAGAGGUGGGCAUUCGGAAUCAAUGAGGUUCUCAAGGAUCAGGUGGGGAGGGAGCAGUUCCUCAAGUUCCUGGAGUCUGAGUUUAGCUCAGAGAACCUGAGGUUCUGGCUAGCGGUCCAGGAGGUGAAGAAGAGGCCAAUCCGGGAGGUCCCGACCCGGGUUCAGGAGAUCUGGCAGGAGUUCCUGGCCUCUGGAGCUCCCAGUGCCAUCAAUGUUGAUUCUAAGAGCUACGACAAGACCACCCAGAAUGUCAAGGACCCUGGACGCUAUGCCUUUGAAGACGCACAGGAUCACAUCUUCAAGCUGAUGAAGAGUGACUCCUAUAGCCGCUUCAUCCGUUCCAGUGCCUAUCAGGAGCUGUUACAGGCCAAGAAGAAGAAAAGUAAGAACUUGUUUUGAAGGAUUUUGCUUCCAGGGGAAACCCCUUACAUCAAAGAGGCUGACCAGUCUUGUGCCAUCAUGCUAAAACAUAGUCACUCUCGGAUAUAGAGGAGGACCAUAUCAUUUCUACGUCAUCGGCGUUUGCUUUCCACUCAGACGAUGAGCGGGACAGUACAUCAGAUGUUGCAUGUCCAAGGAGAAGACUUGUUAUUCCUUUUACCUGAUCUAUGUCUACUAUUGGAAAGGAGAGGCAUUUGGAGACUUUUACAAAUAUUGGGGCUGGAUAAUGCCUUUCCAGAAAGUCAGUGUCCAGUUACUUACACCAUAUCUGAUGGACACGUAUGUCCCUCUCCAGCUGAGCUAAUAAUGUCAGAAAUAAAAUAAAAAAUGAAGGAAACAUGAGCUUAACAGUAAAAUCUGUUCAAAAUAUCAUCACUAUACAGUACUCGAUCUGUAAUCACAGAUACUUUGGUCACGCUAAGGGAAGUGUUGUGCGGUAUGCAUAAAUGUAAAUUGUUAUGUUCAUUUUGCAUUGAUUUUAUUGCACUGCAAUAAUUAGCACAGUUUUCAUUACACCUGUAAAGUCACAUUUGAGCUGUAAGAAAAGGUGUUUUCUGUCUUAUGUAAAACGUAAGUCUUUGUUACUCUCUCCUGCAUUUAUUUUUAUACCAUAUUUAAAGACACUUAAAAAAUGUAUUAAAGUUGUCCCUUUAUCUGUU